AUGGUUGUUGUUGGACUUCACCCUGACUGUGAUAUGAAGGCACUCCAAAGGCAAUAUAUUGACAGAAAGUCUGAAGGUUCUGGAAAAUUGCGAAGUACACUUAGUUACCAGAAUCAAACUCGUGUAGAACCUAAUCUUGAACCUCAGAUCUUAUUUGUCUACCCUCCAGAAAAGCAGCUGCCGCUUAAGCACAAAGAUCUUCUAUCAUUUUGCUUCCCUGGUGGCCUGGAGGUUCAUGCUGUUGAGAGAACUCCUUCCAUGAGUGAGUUGAAUGAAAUUCUUCUUGGUCAGGUAUGCCUGGGGCAAUAUAAUAUCAAACUUUUAUUAUAGUUAAUAGGUAUUAAU